AUGGCAAUCGAAAGUGAAGUACUGUAUGCUUUAUAUGAAUUGUAUAAAAGGAGUUUGAUUUCAUAUGAAUAGAAAGGCAUGAUCAAAGGUAAUUUUAAAAAUUAGAAGGUUGAGAUAUGUUAAUAAGCAAAGAUUUUAUGUUGUUAUCUAUUAUAAGAGAAUGUGAUAGUUAGUUUAGUUUAUAGGAUAAGAUUUUGGAAUUGUUAAGAGGUUAAAUCAUUAGUUUAAAUUUUUAGAAUAGGAAUCACCUCUCUAUAUGACAACCAUAAGCCCAGUGAAAAGAAUUUCGCUUUCUUAAAUUAAUAGACAGAGAUUCAAAAGCCAUAUUUAAAAUUAUAACAAAAAUGA